AUAUGUAGGUACUGUGUAUGUAGGGGUGUAUGUACAACUUAGGUACUAUUAUGUACCUACAUAGUGUUAACUAACAUUCAUCCAACCAUUUCCCAUUUCAACAACAUCAUAUCACCAAUCAUCCGUCGCCGGAAACCAAACUCAUUGUCGCCUCCAUCGAUAUUAUAUUGAUCACGCUUUCCUUUUUCUUUUCUUUCUCUUUUCCUACUUCUAUUUCUUUGCGACGAAAGUAAUACUGGUCAACAUCCCCCUCUUUUUAUCGUUACCAUUAUCAUUACCAUCUAUCAUCUACCGUCGUAUCAGGCCAUCAAUUACUACGUAGUUAUCGCCUCAAUUCACGUCCACCUCCAAACAUGGCCGACUCAGCCGAGGGUAACUCUGACCCUCAGGUCACCUUCAAGGUGAAGACAUCGGGUGACACUCAGCACACCAUCACUAUUUCCGAGACUGCCACCGUCAACGAUCUGAAAACCAAGCUUGCUGGUGCCGAGUUCGAGAAUAUUCCUGUCGAUCGACAACGUUUGAUCUAUUCUGGUCGUGUUAUGAAGAAUGAGGAGCCUUUGAGCACCUACAAGAUCAAGAAUGGCAACACUGUUCAUCUAGUCAAGAGCGCUGCUAGCAACCCAACCCCUGCCGCGACCUCUUCGUCGACAUCAUCUACUACACCCGCUGCUCCUCAGAUUCCCCAUAACAUGGCUGCCGGUACCGCAAACAACCCCCUCGCUGGUUUGACUGGCGCACGAUAUGCCGGCCUGACCGGUCUUCCUUCGGCAGAUAUGUUUGGACCCGAUGGAGGAAUGGUCGGUUCUAUGAUGGACGAGGACCAGCUAGCUAAUAUGCUUAGCAACCCGCAUGUAGCCCAGCAGAUGAACGAGAUGAUGAACAACGACACAUUCAUUGACAUGAUGAUUCAAUCGAACCCAAUGCUGCGAAAUAACCCUAACGCUCGUGACAUCGUGCGAUCACCUCUUUUCCGUCAAAUGAUGACUAGCCCCGAUGCCUUGCGAGGUGCUGCCAGAUUGCAGCGAGCUAUGGGUGGUCGUCAAGCAGCACAGAAUGCGUUUCCCAUGCCCGGUGUGACUGACAAUACUCCCGGUGACGCGGCUGCAGGAGGCAACACUAGCGACGGCAGUGGCCAACCCACUGGCGCAUCUCCUGGCCAACCUCCAGCAGGCGCAUACAACCCAUUUGACCCAACUACCUGGAGCAACAUCAAUGUUCCUGGUGCUGCUGGCGGUAACGCUGCUAGUAACCCAUUUGGUGCUUUCUUUAACCCCUUUGGCGUAGGCCAACCGGGUCAGGCUGCACCUACCUCAGGCGCAACUCCAGCAGCAAGCGGCGCACAGGCCGAGGGUGGCGGUGUCAAUACCAGCCAGGGUACAGGAGCUAGCACCCAGAGCCCUUCAAGCCCCCCUCCGAACCCAUUUGCCAGCCUGUUCGGUGCUUCGGGUCCUUUUGGAGCACCGGGAGCAGCAGGAGCCGACCCUACAGCUGCGGCUGGACUUGGAGCUGGAGCAAACCCGUUCGGUGGCGCUGCUGGCAUGUCACCCGAGCUUCUGCAGCAAAUGAUGCAGAUGCUAGGUGUAGGAUCGCCGGCCGGCUCCCCGGCCCCACAAGAUAACCGCCCCCCAGAGGAACGCUGGUCGGAACAGCUGCUACAAUUGAACGAGAUGGGCUUCUAUGAUUUCGAUCGAAAUGUUGAGGCGCUACGACGAAGCGGGGGCAGUAUACAAGGAGCGAUCGAGUAUCUGCUGAGUUCGUAAUGAAGCUGUGGAAUGGCUCCUUCGUCUUACUACUUUUCCGUGUCUCACGUGCGAAGGAUGAUUAUUCAGGAGUCUAUUAAAGUAUGCGAUUUGGCAUGUGUGGCGAACACACUCGUCAUGAAGAAAGAAAAAAUCAAGCAAGUAGGCUGGACAACCAAUUGGUUUGACGAAGUAAGAUGCUGUGGAUGACAUGAUGAUGAAAUAUCCCUUCCUAGGCAAGUCUCCUUGCCGAUUCAACGGGGGCUCGGUCAGGCUUUUUACCCACACAUGAGAUUAUGGACAGGAGGGGCUUCUUCUCUACGUUUGUAACUUUCUAUAAUAGUAAGAGAGGCAAAGCAAUCAACUACAUUGUUAUACCGUACCUAUGAUAUGUGUCAUUGGUUGUUGUAUUAAUGCUAAAAGACUAGUCAGCUUGUGUGGAUCGUACUACGUUAAGUAGGUAGGUAGGUAAUCAUAAAUUGAUGCUUAAG